AUGUGGGCGCACUCGCACCGUCAGUCCAGUUGUGCGCCCUCGCCGGAGAGGCUUUUUGUUGGGAAGUUUCUGUAAGUGAGUCAACACGGCACAGGGAGGACGCCACCCAGCCCCGCCGCCGGAUCCAAUGCUGGGCUUCUCUCUAGGAGGACGCGGGACACGAACGCAACUUCACUUCGCAACAGCCGGGAUUUUUGGUUUUUAACCGUCGCGCAGCGGGGAUGGUUUUGGGCGUUUUGACGCGGCUUUUUCCUCAUUGGAAUUAACGCGGAUCGGGAGAAAUGAAAGUGACGGUGUGUUUCGGGAGGACCCGGGUGGUCGUUCCGUGUGGACAUGGGAAUAUAACAGUCUACAACCUUAUCGAACAAGCGGCCAUGAGGUAUAAGAAGGCGAUCGCAAAGGAACCCACCUACUGGGUCCAAGUCCACAGGUUGGAACAUGGAGAUGGAGGCAUUUUGGACCUGGACGACAUGCUCUGCGAUGUGGUGGAUGACAAAGACAGGCUGGUAGCAGUGUAUGAAGAGCAGGAUCCCCACAAUGGAGGUGACGGCACCAGUGCCAGCUCCACAGGUACACAGAGUCCUGAACCCUUCGCCAGUGACAUCAGUUCGGCAUCGGCCUUCCAGCCCUACCAGACCAACAGUGAGAUCGAGGUGACCCCGACCGCGCUGCGAUCCAACAUGCCUCUCCAUGUCCGUCGCAGCAGUGAUCCCUCCCUGGCCGGCCUUCCUCCGGACGAAGUCCCGGUGGGUCCAGAGGAACCGUCCAGAAAGAAUCCAACUCGCUGGUCCACAACUGCCGGCUUCCAAAAGCACAACAACAAACCAAACACAAGCGCCGGCAUCAGCAGCCUGGAACAAAAGGGUCGAGGAGGCCAUGCCUAUCGGAGUCUUCCUCGUGAUGCGAGUGGCUGGACCACUCAGUUCCAGAGAGAGAUGACUCGGUCUUCCCUCAGCGCCAACCAUCCAAUGGUGGACCGAUGGCUUGACCGGCAGGAGCAGGAGGAGGAGGAAGAAGAGCGAAGGAAACAAGAAAGGAGAAUUGAAAGGAUAGAGCCAGUAGGGAGGGCCGAUUCCUCAUUGGAACAUUCACCUGUGUUAAACCUGGACGGCAUGCUCAAGCCGGUUGAGGUGUCCAAUGAAGGAGGGCCCCUGGGGAUCCACGUAGUGCCUUUCAGCUCACAGGAUGCCAGGACUCAGGGCUUGCUUGUGAAGCGUCUGGAGCGCGGGGGCAAAGCCGAGCAGGAGCGUCUCUUCAAGGAGAACGACUGCAUCGUCAAAAUUAAUCAGGGAGACAUUCGCCACCUGCGCUUCGAACAAGCCCAGAACAUCUUCAGGCAGGCGAUGCGUUGCCCGGUCAUCCUCUUCCACGUGGUCCCCGCAGCCAUGAAGAGGCAGUACGAGCUGCUUUCGGCCCAGAGCGAGCUCAGCCCGCCCCAGUCCAACAGAGUCCGCUUUAGCCAAGACUCUCAGCACCCGGGGGACAGGUCCAGUCUGGUAGGGGGGCUGAUGUCCAGGUCUGGACCACAACCAGGCCUUAACCACAACAACCAGGGACCCCUGGCAGGAAGCACCCCAGAGCCGAGUCGACGGUACACCACGUUACCCCACACCUUGGUCUCCAGGACCUCGUCAGCUCCCUCCCCCACAUUGCAGCGCAGGAUAAGCACAAACCCGUCCACCAGCUCCUACCUAAAGAACAAGGGCCGCAGAUUCAACAUCCAGCUGAAGAAAGGUCCAGAGGGUCUCGGGUUCAGCAUCACAUCCAGAGACGUCCCCAUCGGUGGCAGUGCCCCCAUUUAUGUCAAAAACAUCCUUCCUCGAGGGGCCGCCAUUCAAGAUGGACGAUUAAAAGCUGGAGACCGGCUGCUGGAGGUUAGUGGAGUGGACCUGAAUGGUAAGAGCCAGGAAGAGGUGGUGGCCCUGCUCCGAGCCACACCCAUGGGUGGGACUGUGAACCUGUUGGUGACUCGCCAAGAGGACUCCCUGCUGCCCCGAGAAGUGCAGCCAGAGGAAGAUGACAUGGUAUUAACCCCUGAUGGCACACGAGAGUUCAUGACCUUUGAGAUCCCUCUGAAUGACUCAGGCUCAGCAGGCCUUGGGGUCAGCGUCAAGGGUAACCGGUCCAAGGAGAACCACACCGACCUGGGCAUCUUUGUGAAAUCCAUUAUCCAUGGAGGUGCUGCUAGCAAGGAUGGGCGUCUGCGUGUCAAUGACCAACUCAUUGCAGUCAACGGGGAGUCGUUGCAUGGGAUGACCAACCAGGAAGCCAUGGAGACCCUGCGCAAAUCCAUGUCUGUAGAGGGCAACAAGCGAGGGAUGAUCCAGCUCAUUGUGGCCCGGCUGGUGUCCAAAAGCAACGAGGAGACCCCUGGCAGCCCUCCGGCUUUAGAGCGUCCCAUAAACUCUCUACUGGACAACCACGAGCGCCGGAUUUCCCACUCCCUGUAUGAAACCAUCGAAGGCUUGGACAACAGCUCCACACCGCUGCCUAAUAUGAUCGGACGUAUUGGUAACUACCAGCUCUCUCCGACUGUGAACAUGCCGCAGGACGACAUAGUGAUGAUCGAAGACGAUAGGCCGCCCCUGAUUCCUCCCCACCUUUCUGACCACUCAUCCUCCAGUUCCCACGAUGACAUGGGCUUCGUGGGAGAGAACCCGGUGACCUGGAUCCACGAGCUGCCUGGUCAGAAUGAAUGCUCACUCAGUCCAGACACAGACCCUGAUGCCUCGUUCCAGAGGGAGGGCUUCGGCCGCCAGAGUAUGUCAGAGAAACGCACCAAACAGUAUGAGAAUGCUUCUCAGCUGGAGAUCGUCAAGACGCGCAAGUCCAAGAGCAUGGAUCUAGUAGAAGAUGAGAUUAACCGCAGCACAAGAGCCGAUGGAGGUUCUGCAGAACAAGAGGUCGGACCCUCCCUCGGCUUGAAAAAGUCCAGCUCCCUUGAAAGCCUCCAGACGGCCGUUGCCGGGGCAACUCUGAACGGUGAGAUCAACGUAAACAGGCCACGCUCACGGAUCGUCAGGGGCCGCGGCUGCAACGAGAGCUUCCGAGCUGCAAUUGACAAAUCGUACGAGAAACCCGGCGCCACAACGGCAGAAGAAGAGAACAGCAUGGAUACGCUGGACGAGGACACAGAGGGAAGUUCCAGAUCAGGUCGUGAGUCGAUGUCCACCAGCGGCGACCUCAUUGUGGGCCCCGGGCUGAACGGCAACCUGUCCAAAGAUGACAGACAGAAAGACCGGGACAAGGUUGGGGGGAAGGAAAAGAAGAAACCCGAAAGGGAUAAAGAGAGGGAGAAGGACAAGGACAAGAACAAAGCCAAGAAAGGCGUGCUGAAGGGCCUGGGCGAGAUGUUCAGGUUUGGAAAACACCGGAGGGACGAGCGGCCAGGAGAAAGGAUGGAGAGGAAAGGCUCCAGUAAAUCUAAAGCUGAGGACAUGCAGGCGUCAGAAGAGGAGACCUUGCGGAUGAGGCUGGAACAAGAGAGAAUACAGGCCAAGACGCGGGAGCUUCGGGAGAAGCAGGCCAAGGAGAGGGAAUAUGCCGAGAUCCAAGACGUUGUGAGCCGCACCUUCAGCUCAGAUGAGGAGCACACCUACGCUGGCAUCGGAUCGUUAGACUCGUCGGUGGACAGCAGCAACAUGGAGCCGUACAACCACCACUACCAUCUCCCUCAGAGUCCCCAGAGCCCUCACCUUCCCCUGAGCCUUCAAGAGAACGGCCCACCCCUGGAAGCUCUGUAUGCCCAGGUCAAUAAGCCACGCAAUGGACGCCCUGCAGCUCCAGACAGCAGUGAGAUGGCCCCCAGUAACCAUGACCGGAUACAAAGGCUGAGGCACGAGUUCCAGCAGGCCAGGCAGGAGGAGGACCUCGACGACCAUCGGCACACCUACAGCCUCAGCCAGCCCUGGGUGAGCAAUGGGACGGAGACGCCGAGCGGACGCCACUCAGUAACAGUUGAGACUCAGGUCCAGAAACAGCAGCAAGAGGACAGAGAUGGUUUCCAACAAGCACAGAGACAGUACAGCUCCCUGCCACGGCAGCCUCGUAAGAACCCCAGCACGGCGUCCCAGGACUCGUGGGACAAGGUCUACAUGCCAGCAGAGGGAUUCCAGGCAUCCAAGGAGAACCCUCGCUACCCCGGCGGCCAGGGAGCACGAAACGGCUACCUGGGAACCCCCAGCUUCAAUGCCCGUGUCCUCUUAGAGACUCAGGAGUUGCUUAGGCAGGAGCAGAGACGCAGAGAGCAGGAGGCCAGCAAGACCAGGCUGUCUCCUGGACAGGAAACCACCAGCGGCAGCGCUUACGACCACAGCAGAGACCACGCUCAGGCCUCAGGCUCUCCCCCAGUGCAGGCCCCGCCUCAAUCCAAGGGCCCCUACAGACAAGAUGUACCCCCAUCGCCUUCUCAGCUCGCCAAGCUCAGCAGACUCCAGGGUUCAGAGAAAGGGAGGCUGUUCUACUCCUGAGACUGUAACAAGUGAACUUUUAGGAGAGUAGGACCGACUCUAAGGAGCAUCAACAGGGAAAAAAACAAAGAGGGCAAUGAGUCUGUUUUUUUUAUAAAAUGCUGAGAUACAAAGAUUUUUAUGGGACUGUUGAUAAAAAAUGUUAAUAUUUAAAAAAAAAAGAUUUUUUAAAUAAUAUAACCCAUUUUAGCUGUAUCAGACAGAAAUGAUUUAAGAUCUUUUACUAUCCAGCAUCAUGAUAUCUAUGUGUAUAAGUGCCUUCUCAUCCUUCGAUUGUUCACCUUUUGUAGGCUCCAUCUUUUUGGCUCACGAUGUGCAGCUUUGACCCAUCCAUCAGAUACAUUCAGUAGGGCAGACAUCACAGUCGGUCUGUGCCGUCGCCGCCUCGCCACAUCUGACAGCAGCCCGACCUAACCGUCAAACCCCCGAGCACAAGACUCGGCCCAAGCAUGUUUUUAGUGUUGUGUCAGUCGAUACCAAGCUUGUGUGAAUGAGGCCUAUUUUUGCUGUUCGCUGGAACUUUGUGGAGCGCUACAUGUUUAUGUGAGUGUGUAGUUGUGUGCGUGUGUGUGUGUGUGUGAGUGCUGGCAGGACUUGGCAUGCAGUGACAGAGUGUGGAGGUUAAGCAGCUUGGUUUUGGGCAUGGCCGCUUGGCUUUAUCUCUAUUUCUCUCCGUUCACCAUCGGGAACUCUGAGUGGAGGAAAACAGCUUCAGAUCUCCUUUAUUCCAUCCCUGCCCUGUCCACACAGGGAAUCCAACAGUAUAAAUGGGGUCAGGUUUGGGUUAUUAAUUAAUGUGCCUCAUGAAAAAUGAAUAUGUCCCUUUGUGUUAUAUAUGUUGCCUUGUAUGGCGAGAAGAAAGAAACGGCGACAUCGCCGGCGUGGCCCCAGCCUCUCCUCCAGUGAUUUGGCUGUAACCAAAGCCGCUAGGUGUCUGAGUUGUUCCCCGCUGAAUAUUUCAUCAGGGUGGUUACACGGGAAACCACAUCAGCUCUGCAGUGGGCAGCCUCAGCGUGGGUCUGCCCAUCCAUCGUCCCGAUACAAUAGAGCUGAUUUUGUUUUCCUUUCAUCAUUAUGUGCAUUGGUAGAAACCCGGUUGGGAGAUUUUCCGUCGUUCAAUCAAUACCUGGUGGUGCAUUUUGGCAUGUGAAAGUCUAUACGUAUGGCCCUGUGUGGGUGUUUUCUUGUGUUUCCACCCCUUUAAGAAUAAGAAUUUGAGCUGUAGUUGUCAGAUUGAGGACAUUUUUGCACUGUGAAACCAUUUUUUUGAAGGCCAUAGGUGAGGAUUCAUUUUGGGUUUAGGUGUUUAGGUGAAGUAUUAACUAUGUUUGUUGACAGGUAGAGGUUUAGACUUGUUUUUCUUAUCAGAUUUAACUGUUCAGUACACUUUAAUUCACUCAAGAAACCAGGUUAGUCAGAGAAGCCAGUUACUGCAGAAACCUGAUUACUGUAACUCUGCAUAUACAUGCAACAGGUUGGUAAUCUGAUUUCUCCCAUACUGCUGACUUUUGAAGCUUUACCUGCUUAAAUGAACUGUUGUAGUAAUAGAAUAUGCAGUUUUCCCACUAUUGUUCAUUUUGUUAAGAUAAACUGUGAUUGACAAGACGCCAUUAAACACUACCUGUGACUAUAUCAACAUGCAGUAUUGUUAACGAGAAAAGGUGAGACUAAAAUGAAAUUUAAAAAAUUAAAACUUCACCAAAAUCAGUCUUUAUUUUUGCUGACAAAAAAGAGGAGACAAAUUUUUUCCCUGCCAUGUCAGGAUUCCACCAGCAGGGCACAACAGGCUCAGUCAGGACUGGGAGUGACUUACAUCAGCUGUUACAGAAAGCAACUUGUGUCUCUUCAGGUUUGUGAUAUUCUUGCCAGCUAUUUAAUGGCCACAUCGCUUCCCCUCUGAUAAAGCAAUGCAUUGUGGGUUUUUUUCUGAGCCUCGUUGUUACUAAAAUGGCCCAAACAACACGUGUUUCUUUCUCCCAAGCCCUGUUGUUGUCAUUUUUAACUUUACAUCCAACUGCUCGACCAGACAUGAUCUGCGAAGCUGCAUUCUUAUUCCUUCAACCUGUGUUUGUCACCUGAAAAUGAUUAAAUUAGUUUGACUAAAAUAACAAAAAAAUGUUGGUUUGGGUAAACUAAACUGACAGAAAUGUUCAAUAUAGUCUGGUGAGUAAAAAAGACUAAAAACAGUUUUUACUGGCUUGAAAAGACUAAAAUGUGCAAACUUUUAGUCAACUUAAACUUGACUAAAUAGAGCAGCAUGAGGUAAAAACUAAAAAGGACAUUUGACAGGACUCAAACUAAAUAAGAAAUAGCUGACCCAUAUUUCCCGCUGCACAGCAUUCACAGCAGUACUUUCCCUCUCUGAAGUCUUUGUCAUUCAAAUGCGUUCAUGUAAAAUUCUGAUUAGAAACCGUUUUCUAUGUUUGGCCAAAAAAUCUGUUUUCUCCAGCAGGAUUCCAGCUGGGAAAUCAGGUUUCUGCAGUACUCUACCCCUGUUAUGGAAACCAGGUGUCUUGUUUACAUGAUGGUAAUGAAAUCAAAUUACUGGAGAAAGCCAACUGUUACCUGGUUACUUAGAGUAAGUGCAUGUAAAUUGUAUAAUAAAUUAAUAAAAUUAAUAAUAAAUUAAACCUUCAUGUCACUGUCAUAAACUGGCAGCUGUUCAUAGAGAAAGAAUAGCUGUCGAUGUCUCAUUAAUACAUGCUGGAAUUAAUGUAGGCCUCUAAUUUGUUAUUUCCUGCAUCCUGGUUUAGGAUUAAGACUAGAAUCAGAAUGAAGAUAAAAGUCAUGGUUUGUUUUCUGCAUGCAGAGGUUUGGAUCUAGAGGUUUAUUGAGGUCGAGGGUCUAUGGUCCUCACAAGUACUUAAAAAACACUGUUCUCACACAGACGUAUGAGGCUUAGUAAAGUACAGUACUAGUUUGUUUGUUAAACUGCCAAUGUUCCAGUGUGUGUGUGUGUGUGUGUGUGUGUGUGUAGGUGGACAUGUGUUUAAGUGUCUGUGAGCGCUGCCAGUAACUGGAUGCUCCAAUAUGUCUCUGAAUAUGUCUUGGCAGCCAUAUGAACCACUUGGCUGCUGAGUGGGAGAGGAGCAGAGGAGUAGGAGGGAGAGAAGAUGGGAGGCCUGACCUUGCAGAUGAUUCAGUCAAUGGAGUAAUCACAACUAUUCCUCUGAGUCUGCAGCACAAACAGGAGGUUACCAACAAGGCUGCGCUCACUUUUGCUGUCUCUUUUUCUUCUUCUCUUCAUUUAUCUCCGUCAUCUAGCUGGCAGUUGCACAUGUUUGUUUGUUGUUGUUUCUCUGGGGCAGACUUACACUGGCUCUGGUUUGUUUGGGUGAAAGUGGCUGUUUGUAUGUGGGUGUGUGUGCGAGGGGGGGGGCUUCAGCGCUGACACAGCAGCUGUUUUAACUGAUGUUUCCAUGAACUGGGGAGGGGUUCAAGUGCCUGCAAUAUCUUAUGAGUUUUUUUCCCCUCAUAUGCAAAUUUGAUAAUAUCCUAUAAUGCGUGUUUAUUAUUUGUGUCGUGUAAUUAAUGUUUGUGCGCCGCCCCUGUGACACACAGAUUCUUCCCAGAAAGCUAUUGUUUCUGGAGAUUUUUUUCAUCCUGGGAGAAAUGAGAAAUAUAUUGUUAUUGUUUCAUUGUGUUUUUAUGACCAUCCCUCAUUGUGUUUUAUUAUCCACAAUAUGGUACUACAGCGGUAAAAAAUGACUAAUAUGUAAGCACAGUGCAAUUUUCCCUUUUUACAACAGUGUAUCAUUAGGAACUGUUUCUGCCGUUCUCUGUACAUACAAUAUGAACCUUUUUUCAGUGAAUAAAGUGAGGGUAGUUUCGA